AUCGCUGUCUGAGCUGACUUGUAUGUAAAUUUUGUACUGCGAGACAAAAGUCAUGUAUCCCUGACCUGUGUUUUGUACGCAUUUCAUGAUAUGUUCUUACAAGUCAAUGAUCUCGAAGUGUAAGUCUAUGCAGUAAGGAUAAGAAUUUUCUAUGGUGGAACGAUGACCAAGAUAUUAGGAAUCGAGUUGGCCCCAUUAAAUAUUCCAUUAUCAAGACGACUUCAAACUUUAGGUGCAUUGAAAUAUGUGCUUUCCUUUCUGGUUCUUGGCUUUGGUUGUUUGUUUAUCAGUAUAUAUGUACUCCUAUUCACUCGCUACUACUGGGUCAUACUACUCUAUCUACUGUGGAUGUACUAUGAUUGGAAUACUCCAAAACGUGGUGGUCGUAGACGUGAAAGAUAUCGGCGCUGGGUAAUCUUUGAUUAUAUGCGGGAUUACUUCCCAAUAUCCCUGAUUAAAACUGCGGAUCUUGACCCCAAACACAACUAUCUAUUGGGAUUUCAUCCACAUGGUAUAAUGUCGGCAGGAGCAUUUUGUAAUUUUGGCAGUGAAGCAACUGGAUUCAGUGAGAAGUAUCCAGGAAUCACUCCUUAUCUCAUAACGUUGGUAGGACAGUUUUGGUUCCCAUUCCAUAGGGACUAUAUUAUGCAGUCGGGUGUGUGUGAUUGCAGCAAGGAAAGUUUGACCUAUCUAUUAGAAGAAUCUGGUACUGGAAAUGCUGUUGUCUUAGUGGUUGGAGGUGCUAUUGAGUCACUGGAAGCGCAUGAAGGUUCAACUACUGUGCAUUUAACAAAGAGAAAAGGUUUCAUAAAACUGGCACUGAAAACCGGGCUAGUGACAUCAGCUGUACAUAUAAAACAGUUCGGUGGUAUGUCCUUUGGGAAACCAAUCGUUGUUGAUAAAAUCAAGGAGCCCAGUAAAGAAGAUAUUGAUAGACUACAUGCAUCUUAUAUGAAAGCAUUGACAGAUUUAUUUGAUACACACAAGGUGAAUUAUGCUAAUUAUAAAGACAAAGAACUUGAAAUAUUGUAA